CUUGGAGUUUUGGCGAGAGUUUGUGGAAGAUGGCGCCUGUUGUGACAGGUUAUUGAAAUUUUGUAUGAGACUGACAUUGAAAUGGAAGCAUUAUAGUUCUUCGGAGCCAUUAUGAUCUCCAGGGGAAAGGAGAAUGAUACACUGGCUGAGGUGUUUUGAGGUGCAUCGAAGUGUGCCGAGCCGUGGCUCACCUUAACAUGUUCUUGAAGUACCAUGGCGUGGAUUAAAAGGAAAUUCGGUGAACGGCCUCAACCUAAACGCCUCACUAGGGAAGCAAUGAGAAACUAUCUAAAGGAGCGAGGUGAUCAGACCGUACUAAUCCUCCAUGCAAAAGUUGCACAGAAGUCUUAUGGAAAUGAAAAAAGGUUUUUCUGUCCUCCUCCUUGUGUAUAUCUUAUGGGCAGUGGAUGGAAGAAAAAAAAAGAGCAAAUGGAACGUGAUGGUUCUUCUGAACAAGAAUCUCAGCCAUGUGCAUUUAUUGGAAUAGGAAAUAGUGACCAAGAAAUGCAGCAGUUGAACUUGGAAGGAAAGAAUUAUUGCACAGCCAAAACACUGUAUAUAUCUGACUCAGACAAGCGAAAACAUUUCAUGUUAUCUGUAAAAAUGUUCUAUGGCAACAGUGACGACAUUGGUGUGUUCCUCAGUAAACGGAUCAAAGUCAUCUCCAAACCUUCUAAAAAGAAACAAUCAUUGAAAAAUGCUGACUUAUGCAUAGCUUCAGGAACAAAAGUGGCAUUAUUUAAUCGGCUUCGAUCACAGACAGUCAGCACCAGAUAUUUACAUGUAGAAGGAGGGAAUUUCCAUGCCAGCUCACAACAGUGGGGAGCAUUUUAUAUUCAUCUCUUGGAUGAUGAUGAAUCAGAAGGAGAAGAAUUCACAGUGAGAGACGGCUAUAUCCAUUAUGGACAGACUGUCAAACUUGUGUGUUCAGUUACAGGCAUGGCACUCCCAAGAUUGAUAAUUCGAAAAGUUGAUAAACAGACCGCAUUACUAGAUGCAGAUGAUCCAGUGUCCCAGCUACAUAAAUGUGCAUUUUAUCUUAAGGAUACAGAAAGAAUGUAUUUGUGCCUUUCCCAAGAGAGAAUAAUCCAAUUUCAAGCCACUCCAUGCCCCAAAGAACCAAAUAAAGAGAUGAUAAAUGAUGGAGCUUCCUGGACAAUCAUUAGUACAGAUAAGGCGGAGUAUACAUUCUAUGAGGGUAUGGGACCUGUCCAUGCUCCAGUAACACCUGUGCCUGUUGUAGAAAGUCUUCAGUUGAACGGUGGUGGAGAUGUAGCAAUGCUAGAACUCACAGGACAGAAUUUCACUCCAAAUUUGCGCGUCUGGUUUGGGGAUGUCGAAGCUGAAACUAUGUACAGAUGUGCAGAGAGCAUGCUGUGUGUCGUCCCAGACAUUUCUGCAUUCCGAGAAGGCUGGAGGUGGGUUCGUCAGCCAGUGCAGGUCCCAGUAACUUUGGUUCGUAAUGAUGGGAUAAUCUAUUCCACCAGCCUGACCUUUACGUACACGCCGGAACCAGGGCCGCGGCCACACUGCAGCGCGGCCGGAGCGAUCCUUCGAGCCAAUUCGAGCCUGAUGGCCGCUAACGAACCAAACACAAACAGCGAGGGAGGUUACACGAGCGUCAGCACAAACCCAACCAACGUCACGUCGUCCGCAGCCACGGUGGUAUCCUAACUACCGCUGGGACCUAGGACCUGACUCUGCAGAGAGAGAAAACUGAACAAGCUUCUGUGGCUGCUGGGAAAAGUGUCCAUUCUGACCAAUCCUCUUUGAGCCCUGUUAUCUACAAGUACUGAUUUGGAAAAGCAGAAGCCACAAUAAAAAAAAAAAAGUCAAAAUAUGAAAACUUUAUUGGGAAUCUAUUUUUCAGCUGGGUUUUUUGGUUUUUUGUUUUGUUUUGGUUUUGGUUUUUUUUUUAAGGGCAAGAAAUAGAAAUGUGGCUGGGACAAAGUUUAGAAAACGAUGAACAUCACAUAGUUUUUAUGGACCAAGGAACUUGUAUAAGCUUUAGUAAAAGGUACAUUUUCACCAUACCUUUUUUGUAUCACAACAUAUAGUACACUUUUGUUACCAAAUAGUUUAUUUUUUUUUCUCUGAGCGUUUGCUCUGAAGUAUAAUCAGGUUUCGUACCUGACCGUACUUUUAUAAUCUAAUUACCAUACUCUUCCAGUUUAAAAAAAUAUAUAUAUUUUUGGUCUGUGGCUGGAACUUCCUUUUUUAAACUGAAGUCUUGUGACUUUUUAUGAACUGAAAUUGUUUUGAUUUCAGCAAGUAGAACCUUGUAAAGGCCAGCAUAUUUUUUUUAAGAUUAUAUGAAGUCUGUGCAAAAGCUUUAAAAAAAAAAAAUGCCUCUGCCUUGCCUGCAAUACAUGCAAUGUAUGUUAACUUAGUGCUCUGUUUUCCUGUCAUUGUCAGUAGUUUUUUUGUGUUUUCCUUUUUUUAAAAAAUGUAUUUAUAGUGGUAACUCAAGAAGUUCUAACAUUUACAAGAGCUUCUUAUGUGACCAUCUAGUCAUGUUAAUGACUGUUCAUGUGACCGAAAAUGUUGGUUUUUGAAGGGUUUUAUAUUUUUUCUUUCAAAUCACAAAUGCAACCAUCUGUUCCAGGAUCUUUUCAGAUUUUUAUUCACUUCUAAUCUUGUACAUAACUUGUAUUAUGUGUAAGUUAAACAUUUUAUUUUGAAUGUGGAAUGUUCCCAAUGGCUUCAUUUGGCAGCGUGUUUUUGCCUUCUUGGCUGGUGACAAAAGUAUCAUGCAAAGUAUUUGCUACCAGUAGGACUGGUAGGUGGUGACCCUUAUUGUAUAAUGAGAAAAAUCUCUACAAAAGCAUGUUUUUAUUCCCUUUACAUCUUUUAUUUUUUUUUAAAGUAGCGUAGGCUAAACAUUGGUGUAAUCCUAAAAUAAUAAGAUGCUUUUGUUAGAUGAUCAACUGAAAUAGCUGGAAUACAUUACUUAGAAAUGGAUAGUUGUAAGAUACAAGUGUAACCCAUCCCUUCUUCCAUUUUCUCACCCCUUUCUGCUAUACUCCUCUCUGAGAUACCCGUCGUCUCCCUCCUGAUGGCAUCUAUCCCCCAAAGGCUUUUCUUUCCUUUCCCUUCCGUUAGAAUUUGGUUGCAUUCAGUGGGUUUUGUAGGCUUUGCACUCUGAGCUUGCCAUUUUCACAUUGUCCCUGUUCCUGCGCUCCGACUGCCCAGGUGUUCUUUUUAAGAGGUGCCGGCAAGACCAUCGGAGUAUUUGAGUACCAGAAGUGCCCGUGCAGGGUGGCAGGAGAUUGUCUAGCAAUGCAGUCAUCCUCUCUCUUAGAUCAAAAACUACCUCUGCAUUGUGACUGUCCCAUUACACAAGAACCACAGCCCCUUCGGAGUGCAAGCUCACAAUCCCCGCAGUGUUGGCCACGGGCUCCCUCGGCCAUUCGCCAAAAGGACCAGAGGAAGCAGAUCUUAAGGACAUUUUCUCUUUCUCAGUCUUCCUUCUUCCCCGUUUUGCUUGGGCUGUCCCACUGUAAAUGUUGUUUUUAUCUAUGUUAAUGAUUUUGUCUUCCAUUUUCAAAGGAAAAAAAUUAAUUUGGUUGUUAAUUCAGUACCACUGUGUUUUUUUUUCUCCUCUAGGCCUGCCUCAUUAUUCAUAGGCUUUUUUUAUACUACAUCUAUCCUUCUUUGCUACAAUCUUAUAAAUGCAAGCUCCUCGUACUAGCGAAUACUGCCUCACUCACCGGCUCUCUGUUUCAGUGACCAAGGGCGGAACUCUUCGUGGCCUUAUCUUUCUUUGUUUUAAACUGUUUACUGGCAUUCACUUGCAAACUGUUUACUUGUCUUUGCCCUCCUAAUUUUUUUUCUCUUGUGGCUACAGUCAUUACACAGUGUUUUUGUUUGAAGCAUGUAAGUAUUUUCAGUACUAUUUUACUUAUAAUUGUCCACGAGUUUCCUUCACGUAAUAGGUUUGAUAUUCAAUUAUGUAAUUAUAUUGGAUUUACUCUGAUGCCAAUAACAACAGAUAAAUGUUACCAGUAUAUGAAACCACAGCUUUUUUCCUUUAAAAUAAUACUUUUGAAAUUUUGGGGGAUUUUUUCCAAAUCCAUUUUUUCCCCCUUAGACAAUACAAAACUUUUCAUCUUUUGCCUUGUGUUUAAUUACCCUUUUGGGGUUUGUUUUAAAUGCCCUUUUUUCCCCUCAGCAGCUUUGUUCAUUAGCAUAUUAUAUACAAUAUUCCUGGACUUUUAAAAAUUCCAAAAGACUCAUGUAACAAAAAAUGUGUUUUUUCCCCAUUUGUCUUUCUCAGCCUUUAAAUUAUGUGCUGGGGGAAUGAGGGAAAAGAAAGAUAGGGAGGAUAUGGUAGUUUGUCAUAGCUUCUCUUUUGUCAAGACUUUUUUCCUUUAAUAUUUUCUUUAUUUAAAAAAACAAAAAACUAUUCCAUGGACUUGUGGCCCUCGGUUUUCUAUUCUUAUGAAACAUAUAUUCCAUAUCAGUACCCCUUUUAAACAUAACUUUGAGUUACUAAUAGAACUUAAAUGUUAAUUUUUGCUUCUUCCUGUUGUUAUUCUGGAGAGUUGGUCCUUUUUCGGAUAAAGCCUCUGUCACUAGAAUGGUAAAUGCCUUUGACAAACAUAAAUGGUAUAUUCAAAUAUGUAUUUUUCAGCACUAUUCCUUGUUAUAUAUUUUUGUGCAGUUUCCCAAAACAGACAUAGAAAUUUGAGCCCAUAUUCCCCAAAAGUUGCUGAUAGGUCAGUAGUGAACAUCGAACUCAGCACAUAAACUAAGAAAACCAGAACGAUGCUCGUAAAAGAGCUAUUAUUCCAAACAGUCUCAGAAUUGAACACUAGGAUGAUGUUGUGUUAACGCACCGCUGCUAACGUCUUAAUCCUUGGCAUCUGAAGUCUCGUUAAAUGAGUGAUUAGUUAUUUCACUUUGACUGCACAGGAUCAUUUGAGAACCGACAGUUGUUUUGUUUGUUUUUUUAAAAAUGAACCUGGUAUCAUCUGUUCUCACAUAGAGAAUUUCUCAUGUAAGUCUUGACGAAGGAAACCAGCUAACCAUUUAAAACCAAAUAAUGGCAGGAAGAGCGGGGCCCCCUGGGGAGAGGUGGUCUUUCGUGAAACAAAAUAUUCAAUUAUUAACUGAAGUAUUUACUUUUUCUUUCAAAAGCAGCUGUUUCUGAUGAGUACUGAACAAAUGUGUGUAAUUUUCUGUACCAGACUCUUUACUUUGUUUUCAAGCACUGUAAUGUGGGAUUGAGUGGCAGCUUUGUUAGAAAACAGUAAUAUAUUAGGGUUUAUAUUUAACCCUUGCAGGACUGAACUAUUUCUCUCUUCAUUCAUUUCAAUGUUGUAAUAAACAUUUGCCAGCAUUUAGUACUGUCGUGGUCCAGAUGUAAGUUACAUGCUCAUUUUUAGCUUAUUUCUUGUACCUUGCAGCAUGCUAUAUGCAUUCAGUCCUUAAGGGGUUAUAAUCUACAAACUGUGCACCUGUAAGGUUUAUUAGCAAUAAGGUAGAAAAUUGAGCAAGUUUUUACCAUAAUUUUGUAGAAAAAAUGAAUCUGCUCAGUUCCAUUUUUCUCCCCUCCCCCCCAAAAAAAAAAAAAUCCCUGCAAUAUGGGCAGUUUCAAAGAAUAAAUAAAAGUGAAAUGUAAAACACGUAAA